AUGCCUGUAACCCCAUUCGCUGUGACCGACACGUACGAAUAUCUGAAUGGGUUCGGGGGAUACAAAGAGAGUGAGGCUGUAAAAGGCGCAUUGCCGCUGGCGGCCAAUUCUCCUCAGAAAUGCCCUCUUGGGUUGUAUAACGAAAAGUUGUCUGGAACUGCCUUCACCGCUCCGCGAGACGACAACCUGCAGUCAUGGUUGUAUCGAAUCCUCCCGUCGGCCAGCCACCAGAACUUCGAACCCGUCCCUUCGUCCUCCGACCAGGCGCUGACCACUCCCACCCCAAGCUUCGGCACUCACUUCAACGCCAUCCCAAACCAACUGCGGUGGGAUCCAUUUGAUUUUGACAAGAAGGUCUCAUGGAUUCACUCGCUGCACCUGGUGGCUGGUGCAGGUGACCCCACCAUGAAACAAGGAAUCGGCAUCUACAUCUAUGCAGUUGGUGCCACCAUGCCUGAGAAGACCGCCUUUUACAGCGCAGACGGCGACUUUUUGAUUGUUCCACAACACGGCGUCCUCGACAUUCGCACUGAGUUUGGCAAGAUAUUGGUGCGCCCCAACGAAAUCUGCGUCAUUCCGCGGGGAAUUCGAUACCACGUUACACUACAUGACGGUGAACCCGCGCGAGGAUAUAUUCUGGAACUGUACCAAGGUCACUUCAAGUUGCCCGAGCUGGGUCCGAUUGGGUCGAACGGGUUAGCCAACGCACGAGACUUCCAGUCACCUGUGGCCGACUUCAUCGAGGAUCACGAGAACACCGAAUGGACCAUCUACGCCAAAUUUGCAGGCAAGCUCUUCUCGGCCAAGCAGUCGCACACUCCCUUUGACAUUGUAGGCUGGCAUGGUACCUACUACCCCUACAAAUACGACCUUGGCCGUUUCAACGCGGUGGGCAGCAUCUCUCACGAUCAUCCUGACCCAUCCAUCUUUACCGUCCUGACUGCCCCGUCGCACGCCCAUGGUGCCGGCACGGCGGUGGCAGACUUUGUUAUAUUCCCCCCUCGGUGGCUGGUCGCCGAAAACACCUUCCGACCCCCAUGGUAUCAUCGCAACACCAUGUCCGAGUUUAUGGGCCUCAUCACCGGCAAUUACGAUGCCAAGGGGGCCGGAAAAGGAGGAUUCCAGCCGGCUGGAGCCAGUUUACAUAAUACAAUGAGUGGGCAUGGGCCAGACAUGCAGACAUUUGAAAAGGCGUCGACGAUGGACCUGCCGCCACAAAAGGUGGGCGAGGGUAGCAUGGCAUUCAUGUUUGAGAGUUGUCUGAUGGUGGGCGUCACGGAAUGGGGGUUAAAGACGUGCCAGAAGGUGCAGAAGGAAUAUAAUGCUCAUUCCUGGGAGCCGUUGAAGGUGCAUUUCAAACGACCAGAUUCGUCACAGGUUGCGAGCAACGGGGCACAGGAUACCAAGUGA